UUUUGGCGAAAGUGCCGCCGCGGAUCGCCAGGCCGCGCCAAGGGACGAAGGCAGGGCGGGCGGGCGGGCGGGAGGCAGGCUCUGGGCUUGGGCCUAGUAGUGUCGGCCCUGGCGCAGAUGGGCCUCGGGGGCUCCCCUCCUCCGGGCCAGGCGCCCACCGACGGCCUUCCCGCCGCCGCCGCCGACCUCCAGCAGCUCAACCGCCUCAGCGCCCAGCAAUUCUCCGCUCUAACUGAAGUGGUUUUCCAAUUUCUCCAAGAACCUAAAGAGAUUGAAAGAUUUCUGGCUCAGCUCUCUGAAUUUGCCACUACAAAUAAAAUCAGCCUGGGUCCUUUGAAGAACAUCGUCAAAAGCCUCCUCUUGGUGCCAAAUGGUGCCCUGAAGAGAUCUUUGUCAGCAGAGCAGGUCCGAGAAGAUCUUAUCACUUUGGGGCUGAGUGAUGAGAAGGCCAGCUAUUUCGAAGAGCAGUGGAAGAAAAGUGCUCCCACCCUCUCGCGCUUGGCUGUGGGGCAGACCCUGAUGGUCAACCAGCUCAUGGACAUGGAAUGGAAGUUUGGAGUUACAGCCGGAAGCAGCGAACUGGAGAAAGUGGGCAGCAUCUUCUUGCAGCUGAAAUUGGUGAUUAAGAAAGGAAACCGAAUGGAGCCUGUGUACAUGGAGCUGACGCUGCCCCAGUUUUACAGCUUUCUUCAUGAGAUGGAAAGAAUGAAAACCAGUCUGGAGUGCCUCAGCUAAUUCCCCCUUUGAGCUGCUGCUUAAAUUGGAGGAAAAUUUCAUAGGGGCCAGACAAGAAUUUUAAUUCCAGAAAUGCAACCAACUCAUCUCAGUCUAGUCCUUUUAUCUUCUGAAAACCACGAGAGGCAAGUUGUUUUGUAAAACCUGGGGUAAAAAAACCUCAUCUGUGUUGUUGUCUGUGUAGAAGGUUUGUUGGAACUCGGAAAAGACUAAUGUUGGAGGGAAGUGAAAAUAAAAUGGGAAAAAAUGAAA